AUGGACAGCAUGAGCACAGAAAAGAGCCAAAACAGUAUUGUUUCAAGGAUCAAAGUUUUUGAAUCCCAAGGAACUAAUGAUACCUCAGGAUUAUUAAAAAAGCCAGAAAUUGCCCCUCGUUCGUUCACCCCAAGACCUGUUACUGCAAAGAAACCGGUAGUUGCUCCUAAGCCAGAGGUAAGCAGAAUUUCAGGAGACUGGGAUGCAUGGACAGAAAGCAAAUCAACACCUUCCAAGGAAUUGCAGCCUCAACCUGAAGUAGUUGGGAGCAGUGUUGUAACCAAACCUGAACUGCCAAAGAAACCAAAACCUGGCCUUGUUAAAAGUAGUAGUAGUGAUUUUCUUGAUGCAAGGAGUGGAUCAAAGAACAGUGACGGACAAAAGAAAUUUCCAGUUCCUGCUCCAAGGCCUCUCAUUCCUAAAAAGUCACGUUAUGCAGAAAAUCCUGCCCUUUCUUUGGCCCCACUAAAACCGAUUGCUGUUUCCCCAUGGGCUUCUGUACCUGCCCAAGAAAAAGUUUUCAAGUCUCUGGGGGAAUUGUCACCUGCAGCCAACUCCUCGGCACCUGCUUUGCAAAAUAAACUCGAUGUGGAAGGAGAUCUGAUCAGUUUUGAUGAUGACGUUUUGCCCCUAAGUCCAGCCUGCGUAGUUAAAGAUAGCAUCAGUUCUGAAGCAACAGCAGAUCCAUUUCAAUUCCUCACUAAAAGUGAACCUGCAAAGGAACAGACAGCUCAACCAGCUUUAGCCCGGAAACCCACUGUGAUCCGAAUCCCAGCUAAACCCGGGAAAUCGGGAAAAUCCAACAGUGCUGACAUAGUAAAAAAAGUGGAGUUGGAUCGUUCAGAACAGGGUGGAGUGCCUCAGCUAGAACCUGUACUACCCCCAAGGCCUGUGGAUGGAAAAAUUGUACCUGCUCGACCUCCCCCACCUAAAGGUGUUCCUGGAAGGCCACCUCCACCAAAACUCUCUGCAACCAAGACCUCGUCCCAGAAGGAUGCUCUUUCGCGAUCUACUUCUAACAUCGCUCCCGAUAAAAAAACCAGCAAGUUCAGAUUGGGACCCAAGAGAGCAAAAAGUCAAGUCUUUAAAAAUCCAGAUCCAGCAUUACCUCCUAGACCUAAACCAGGUCAUCCUCUCUACAAUAAAUACAUGCUACCUGUGCCUCAUGGAGUUGCCAAGGAAAAUUGUCUUCCCAGGAACCCUGAAGAACUGUCCUCUAAGGAUUCAAACCGCCCUCCAAAAGUUCCUGACACAAGCACACCUCACGCUGUAGUCCUGCAUGAUUUUCCUGCAGAGCAUGCUGAUGACUUGAACCUUCAUUCUGGAGACACCGUUUUUCUUUUGGAGAAAAUCGAUACUGAGUGGUACAGAGGAAAAUGUGGGAAUCGCACAGGGAUAUUUCCCGCCAUCUUUGUUAAAGUAGUUAUUGAUGUUCCAGAAGAAGGCAACAAGAAAAAAAUACCCUGUUCAUCACAGUGUAUCAGAGGCCCAAGAUGUGUAGCACGAUUUGAAUAUAUUGGCGAUCAGAAAGAUGAGCUCAGUUUUUCAGAAGGUGAAACUAUUGUCCUUAAAGAAUAUGUAAAUGAAGAGUGGGCCAAAGGAGAACUCAGAGGCACGUCUGGAAUUUUCCCCUUGAACUUUGUGGAAAUAAUUGAAGAUCUGCCUGGAACAGGUACAGGAGCAGCACUGCAGAACAAGGUGGAGGUUUCUUCUUCCCUUCCUCAGAGCAACAGACACUCAGUAGAGUGGUGUGAAGCGCUUCAUGAUUUUACAGCAGAAACCAAAGACGACUUAUCCUUUAAAAAGGGAGACUACAUCCAAAUACUGGAACAAGUAGAUUUGGAGUGGUAUAGAGGAAGACUGAAUGAAAAGGAAGGGAUUUUCCCAGCAGUUUUUGUUCAGACCUGCUCAGCCAGGGCAGAGCUGUCACAGUCCGUAGGAGGGAAGAAAGGAAAAGCCAAAGCUCUCUAUGAUUUUAAUGGAGAAAAUGAAGAUGAGCUUUCCUUCAAAGCAGGUGAUACAAUAACGGAGCUGGAAUCUGUAGACGAGGACUGGAUGUGUGGAGAGAUACAAGGGAAGUCUGGGAUAUUUCCCAAGAACUUUGUUCAGAUUUUAAAGACACCAUGA